AUGCCAAGAGCAGCAGCUUCUCCCGCACCAGCGCCGGCUACGGCCUCUCUCCGCUCGCGCAGCGACGCCGACUGCGGCCUGCGCAUCCUCGGCGUCAAGUCAGAGUAUGGCAUACGCGACCCGGCCAGCAAGUCCACGGCCUCGUCCAAGUCUAAGGACUCUUGGGGCUCCGACGUCUCGCUGGGUUCCGUCGACUCGCUGAAGUCGCCGCGCGACCUGGACUGGACCGACAGCAAGAUCUGGAAGGACACCGCCUGGGAUAUCAGCCCCGUCAAGGAUGACCACUGGAAGGACUCCAUCACGUCCUGGCGCAACAGCGCUCUCUACUCGUGGCGCAAGGAGUCGGACGCCGCCGACGAGCUCUGGAAGAAGCCCAAGGCGACGCCGAAGCCGAGCGCCUCGAACGGCGCGCCCAAGUCCUUCACCGUCACAGCCCGCACCUUGCAAACCUCCUUCGAUCGCUCGGAGCGGUACGCGCGCCCCGGCGGCGUCGAGCGGCGCCAGCAGCUGCGCUCCGGCCGCCGGCGGCACUCCUCCAGCCCGUCGGCCACCACGCGCCGCCACCGGCCCAAGCUCAACCGACGCGUCAAGGGCGACAGCUGCGACGGCCAGAACUCGCACGAGCCGUCGGUGGCGGAUGACGAGGACGGUCACCUGAUCUACCGGAACGGCGACGUGCUGCAGAACAGAUAAGCGCGACCUGCGGGUGGUGAAGGACUCGGAGAUCCGGCUGAUCGACUUCGGCAGCGCCACUUUCGACCACGAGCACCACAGCACGGUGGUCUCCACGCGCCACUAUCGGGCGCCGGAGGUGCUGCUCGAGCUGGGCUGGGCGCAGCCGUGCGACGUAUGGAGCAUCGGCUGCAUCCUGUUCGAGCUGUACUUGGGCUUCACACUCUUCCAGACGCACGACAACCGGGAGCAUCUGGCCAUGAUGGAACGCAUUCUGGGCCCGGUGCCGUACAGAAUGAGCCAAAAGACGAAGACCAAGUACUUUUACCGGGGUCGUCUGGACUGGGACGAGAAGACGUCGGCGGCGCGCUACGUCCGAGACAACUGCAAGCCGCUCAAGCGCUACAUGCAGUCCACCGACACGGACCACGUGCACCUGUUUGAUCUCAUCCAGAGGAUGCUGGAGUACGAGCCCACGCAGCGCAUCACUCUGAAGGAAGCCCUCAGACACCCCUUCUUCCGCAACAUGUCGCAGUCCACCGACGCGAUGCACGACCGAAGCCACAGCCUUUCACGGUGAACCGCCGCCCCAAGCCAUGUCUAGCCUUAGGAGGAAUGCAACCAUGUGAUGCUAGCUGUAGCUGGCCGGCGCCGCGUGCGGUGGCUGUGAUGGGGACGAGGCCGGCGGCGUCCGGCGCACCCGUCGCUUGGAGACACGCCUGGUGGCGUCCCGCCGUGUGGACAGUGCAGACAGGCCCGGACCCCGCACAGGAGACCUUUGUGAUUUAACUGUGUAGUCAUGGACCGUACUACCCCGGUAUAUUUUUGUGAAAGCCAAAUCGAAGUAUGGCAUUAGUGUUAUGCGCGUGGAAUGAGAGUGUGAUCGGCUGGUCUUCAAGUUCAACAUGUCUCACGCAUCCGGUCUUCAGUCUAACCUAUGUAAGACAGUUACGUGUUCGUACACAUACACAUGCAACACAUGACACGUGCACAAAUGACACAGGCAUCCUCGCCGAGGCCCGCAAAUCAAUACGUACUCGCAAGCGGGCUGUUCAAGCCGAUGGCGUAGUCCCGAUGCAGCGUUCUCAACUAUUUAUGAUCAACUAACCUGACGGCGGAGAGAAGAGCGCAUCUCGCUCGCGCUCGCUGCCUCGUUCGGGCUCAGCCCGCCAGCCGGCGCGCGCCCCAGCUGGGGCUCAGCGGCGCGUCAUCUCAGCGGGCCGACCAAUCAGAAAUCGCAAACUCGACCUGGUCAACAGCUGACCGACCCGAGGCUGAACGUCGGAUGGCCGCGUGCCGACCGUGCCCGGCGCCGACGCGUCCGUUUGCCGUCGACCCGGGCCAGUUUGUCAGACAGCCCCGGACUCGCUGAUCCGCCCGAGUCGCCGCCCUCGUCUCAGUGGAUGGCGUCGCGUCAGUCGCGUCGCGUCGCGGCGUCGCACGACCCGGGCGAACCCGGGCGUGGGGCGGGCCUCGCUCCAAUCGAGAUGACUCGCCCAGUCUCAGUGUGCCUGUCCGUGUGUGUGUGAUAUGGUUGGCGCUGAAUUUCUACAAUAUACCUACCACUGACAUG